AUGGUCGGCUUAUCGAUCCAAGGACAGUAUCAUUCUGCUAUUGAAUUUGUGUCUGCGGCGGUGGGUCUUUGUCAGCGAGUGAGUUCGGAUUCUGGAUCGGAAUCUGGGGAGCCGGAGCUGAGAUCCUCUGAUCCUCAAGGUGUGCAUGCAGAGAAAGUAAAGAAGAAACAAGAUCUUAUCUUUUUUUCCUCUGGAUCGUCAGAAAGUAGAGAUCUUUACAAGAAACGAGGAGGAGAGGAGGAAGAGGCAAUGGCGGAUAGGUAUUGGUGUCAUAUGUGUUCACAAAUAGUGAAUCCAAUCCUUGACGCUGAGAUCAAAUGCCCUUGGGAAUUAGCACAUUGGGAUUGUGAGAACGAUGAAGAGGAAUCUUUGGAAGAAGGAUGUUCAAAGGCCGAUGAUGAAGAUGAUAGUGAAGAUGAGUUUAUGGUCCCUGAUGAGUAUCUUUUAGAAGAUAUGGGGGUCCAAGUGGACAGAAUGAAGAUUGAUCCGUCUGAACAGGAUGCAAGUUCACCUCCAUCUAAGCAACAAGAUCAAGAGAGUCGAGAGUUUCACGCACUACUACAUCAACAAAAACAGCUGCAGAGAAUCAGUAAAGUGGUUGAAACAUUGCAGCAGAAGUUCCCAGAUGUUCCAAAGACCAAACUAAGAGAAAAAGUGCGCGAGAUAUCAGAUUUCGAGGAUAACCGUUGGCAGGCGGUGGUGACUCUUCCGAUGUGUUCCUGGGAGUGA